AUUCAUGUACUGCAUAAAUCGUCGUAAAUAUGGAACUCCCAUGGUGACUAAUCGCUUGAAGCACUCAAAUAGCAGUCAAUCUGCCUCGUGUUUUAGAGAAACGAAAAGAAAACACUUCACAUCGGGCACUUGGGUUAUUUUUAAAUAUUAUAUCCUGCUUUCACCAAGGGAGCGACGCGGUUGAAAGUUCCCUCUCCCAGACUGUUUUCAUGAGUAGAGGUCACCGUCAGUAUUUUCUUCAUAUACAUUGAAGGUAGCAGAAAUCAAUGGCGGCGCCCUGUAGAAGGAUGGCGAGUCGGUCUGUCCUACAGUUUCUGUCUUGUUUUAGCAGGACAGCGGCCGGGAACUCAGGCUUCCGGCAGCUUUCCAGUACCGGAGUCUGUCGCGCGUCUGUGCAGGUACAAAGUGUGACAGAAAAAGGCCGUUCUCCGUGGACUCUGAUGGCAGCCGUGUGUCUGCAGCGGCUCCCGGUCGUGUCCGCGGACUACAGCCCGAUCGAGAGGCGCUUCCUUGAGAUGCAGCAGCAGUUGGAGUUUGAGAAAAGCGUACUGGGCGACCACGAGCUGCGGCUGCUGCAGGAUGCUGACAGGAUGAGUCGUAAGCAGUCGGGAAACUAUGACUCUGAUGAAGAGGACGAGCUCGGGGACCAGGACAUCGUAUUGGCUCAGGACCUGGAAGACUCCUGGGAGCAGAAGAUGAAUAGCUUCCAGCUGGCGCCGAGGAUCUCAGCUGAUGUAGAUAAGGACUUGACCUCAUUGGAGCGCUGCCUGACCGACAAGCUGCUUCUUCUGGCCAAGCAGCAGGUCGGGGGUGAGAAGCUGUGGCUGCUGCCUCAGGCUCAGUGGCAGGAAGGAGAAACACUCCGGCAGACUGCAGAGAGAGCUCUGGCUUCCCUGCCAGCUGGUUUCAAGGCGACUUUCCUUGGCAACGCCCCCUGCGGAGUAUACAAGUACAAACUGCCUAAAGCUGUUCGGACGGAGAGCUCGGUCGGAGCAAAGGUGUUCUUCUUCAAAGCCAUUCUGUCAGACAGCGGUCCCCCCGCAGCUCCAAAUGCUCCUUUCCUUUGGGUGAAGAAAAAUGAACUGCAGCACUACCUGAAGCCAGCGUAUAAGAUGAAGGUCGACCGCUUCAUCCUCGGCCUGUGACGCCCAAACACAGAACAGGGACGCUGACUUACAGGACGAUAUUUAUGAGGCCCAGAAAGUUACCCUUGUCUCUUAUGUGACGUCUUACAGCAAAAAAUGUCCAUCAUUCAAUAUAUGUAUUGUAUAAAUAAAUUGUUUUUCCACACAAACUGUGUGGGGUUCAGAUUUCACCU